UAUAUUCAUGACGCAGCCAGCGGCAGUAGCAACUCGCCCAAAGCCAGGGAUAUGUCAGUCCCAAAGAAAAGAGCAAAAGUUGCAAAACAAUCAAAGACAGCAGGAAUCAGUUUGGCACUCUCGUGUGGCUUAUUAGUAUCAGGUGGAGAUUCUGGUGGAAAUCCCACACACACAGCGCUAAUGCAUUACGACGAGGCGAAAGGAAGAAAAACUGCGACAAGGGCAACACGUGGCUGAUCCGAACAAUAACUAGAAAACUUUUUGGAAUAUAGAAGCAAUAAUGCUCUCAUACUUAUAAAGAAAAAACAAUUUGAAUUCCGAGUGGUCAACGCAGGUGCCUAUUAAAUAAUUGGACGGAUAAUUGAUGCGACCACGCAAACCAUAAUUAUAAUUAUGUAAUUUUCUUGAAUAAAUUAGUGGACACUAUACCUGUAUAUAAGGCAGACAAAUCGUAAUAGGACUCAUAAGUAAAAAGACGACACCAUGAUUAUCAACAGUCUGAGCUACUUCAGAAGUCACUGGACAAUAUGGACGAUAUUAGGAGUGGCAUAUAAAGAGGCUCGAUGGCAGAAACUCUACUUAAUCAACACUUUGAUGGUAUUCCUGCUCGUCAGCAUUGGCUAUCCACUGCAUCUGGGUUUGUCGGUUUUCAAAAACGACACACUUGCGGAUGACCUCAAGAAUCUGACGACCUUUGUCACCUGCCUCGCCUGCUCCAUCAAAGUUACAAUUAUCACUUUCAAUUUCGACAAAGUAUACGAAAUGCAGGGAUUGUUGAAGCUAUUGGAUGCUCGAGUCAGUGGAAAGGACGAGACUUACAUCUAUAGUCAAUUAAGAGCACAGUUGAGAAACAUUCUAAUCAUCUUUAUUACGUUUUAUAUACCCAUUGCCAUUUUCGCUGAGAUGUCCUUCAUUUAUCAAGAAGAACGUGGUCUUAUGUAUCCUGCCUGGUUUCCAUUGGAUUGGAAAAACUCGACUCGGAAUUAUUACAUUGCGAACAUUUAUCAAAUUGUUGGCGUAAGCUAUCAACUGAUGCAGAACUAUUGCAGUGAUUGCUUUCCCGCUGUGAUGCUGUGCAUCAUCUCAUCUCACACCAAGAUGCUUUACAAACGUUUCGAAAAGAUUGGCGUAAAAGACACUGACGAUGCUGCGAAUCAACGUGAACUUGAGGAUUGCAUCACGGAUCACAAGCGAUUGAUAGAACUUUUCAGGAAAAUGGAAUCGUUUAUGUCCUUGCCCAUGCUCAUUCAGAUCGCUGUGACUGCCGUAAGCAUCUGCGUCAGCUUUGCCGGCUUCAUUUUCUUCGUGACUGAGCCAAUGAAUCGUGCCUAUUUUUUCUUCUAUGGAAUUGCGAUGCCUUUACAAAUAUUUCCCACCUGCUACUACGGCACGGACACUGAACUUUGGUUUGGAAAAAUUCACUAUGCCGCCUUUAGUUGCGAUUGGGUAAAUCAAAGUCGCAGCUUCAAGAAGAAAUUGAUGCUCUUUGUGGAGUGUUCGCUGAAACAAAACACAGCCAUGGCUGGUGGCAUGGUUCGCAUUCAUGUGGCCACCUUUUUUUCGGUCCUCAAAUUCGCCUAUUCUCUAUUUACAAUUUUGCUACGAAUGGGAAAGUAA